UCCUCUCCACCUUUUUCAAACAGUCGUGGAGGGACCCGCGGUCCGAUGCUAUCGUAAGCGUGGAUUAUCUAUUCGAGGAUCGCGCGGAAUCGAUAACGCGAAACGCAAAUGUGCGAACGAGUGAGGGAGUGAGUGAACCGAGCGAGCGAGCGAGCGUUGCUUCUCUUUAAUUCGAAUAACGAUAAGGAAGAGAAGCGAAAAAGAGAAGAGAGGAACCAGUAACUCUUCCGCUGUGACUGACACGAUUCGAAAGAAUGCGGAGCUUCGCGAGACUUCAACGCACGUCGUAGAACAUGAUUCUCGAAAAACACUUACUGCUGCUCGUUCACGUUCUUUGUUUCCUCUGCGCACGUUGCGACGAUGACACGUUCACUUCGUCGGAGACCGCGAUCGUUGAGUUUACGGAAUCAAACUACGAUAAAGGACCUACAGAAAGUUUUACGUGCUGUGAUUCUACGAGUAUGCCGAGUCUCACGAGCCAGGAUCCUAGAUCUACGGACAGCCUCGAGGACUCCACGAUAUCUGAACAUUCUACUAUGAUCACGCGUGAGUCAACCAUCGAGGCUGGGUACUCGGCGAAUUUGCCGACAGAUCCUAGCGAGGAAGCGACGAGCAUCUCUUCCACCGUCGGUUCGACCACGCAGACGACAAGGACCACCGUAAUCGACGAUACGACUACUACGAGCACGAUGAGUCCCAUCUGCGAUUCCUCGUGGCCAGUAAACGCAACGGAAGACACGAGGGAAGUGAUUAACUUGAAGGAAGAGGAGAUCGGCGCAGAGUGGGUCACUCUGUCGUGGGAAUUUCUAUGUGCAACGAGCGUCUCGGUAACAUACUUCAUCGAAAGAUGCGACGAUGAGAAGAAUUGCAAGCGGAUAGACCAAAACGACACGUGGUACAAUGCGACCGGCCUCGAUGCGUGCAUGCUGUAUACAUUCACUGUGAGGAUUUCCACGGGUCAUUGGGAAUCCAAAGGAACCGAUUUACGAAUAACGACAAAAGAUACCAUUUCCGAAAUCGGAGAUGUACGCUUCUUGAAUGUGAGCGCCGUCGACCUCAACAGCGUCCAAUUAACUUGGCUAGCGCCCGAGAAACACACGAGAUGCAUAUCGAAUUACUCGAUCACGCAGUGCAUCGGACAGUCGUGCAACGAGACCGCGGUCCCCGUCACGAACUACAUCGCCGACAAUCUCGAGCAGUGUACGCAGUACAACUUCACCGUUAAAACGGUGACACUAAUCGUGGAAUCCGCCGGUGCGAAUGCGAGCGCGAAAACAGUCUCGCCGAUACUGUUGAAGCCGCAGUCCAUCACGAUAAUACCGAGCAAUUUUUCCUUGACCGUCCAAUGGCAGCCGCCGCAAUCUGGCUCGACCUGUCUGAAACAUUAUCGCGUGAUUGUAACUCCCGAAAACUCGAGCAAGAUUAUCGUUGGAACGAACACGACGAUCGAGAAUUUGUACGCUUGCGUCUUGUAUUCCGUGUUCGUCAACGCUGUGAAUGAGGAUGAUCAGGAUGGACACGUGAUCUCCGGAAAAGGAGAGACAACUCCAACCAAGACAGGUCCGCCGACAUUGCAAAUAGGGGAUCUGACAACCACGAACAGCAUAUUGGUGUUCGUGAAUAUCACAAAAACGAACAAUCAUUGUCCGGUGAAAUCCUUGGUAACCGUGUGCAAUUACACGUCAUCGAACGGGACUGGAUUUGAGCUUCACAGCGGUGUAUCCUUUGAUCACUUGGAUACGAGGAACCCUGAAGAGUCUUUCAUUUCUCUGAAUACGACCGUGAGCGAACUGAGUCCUUUUACAGAAUACGCUUGCAGGUCGCGCACUCUUAACGACGGCGGAUCCAGCGAGGACAGUAACGCAGUCACCACUCAGACAUUGGAAGAUGUGCCGGGUCCGCCGAAGUUUCUCGUGACGAACAUCACGGAGUCACAGUUCUCAUUAGCUUGGAACCGGCCGGAGCACUUACCCGGAAUCGUGGAAGAUUACGAUAUCAGGCUCCUUUGGACUCCGCUUUUCCCGGUGCCAACUUGGUGCAAUCCCGAGAUAUCGAACACCGACGAGAUCAUGGAGCUUAACGAUACGCGAUCUUAUGAUUAUCUCAAAGCGAAAGCAUACAGGCAAUACGAAGUGAAGAUGAAAGCUAGGACGGGUGCGGGAUGGGGGAAUUAUAGUGAGUCUUGGAUGUUUUCGAGCAAAUCGACAGUUUCAGAUGAGGUCACGAACGUCGUAUGUAAUAUCGAGCCGCAUUUGAACGAUACGAACAAAUUGGACACGAUCGUAAAAUGGAAAAUGCCAUGCUCCUUAAACGGUAAACUUGAGGUUUACAAUGUGUCGGUUCACGGCAUCAGAGACGGAUAUAAGAAUCACACCUUUUCCAUAUCGGAGGAAUGCGCCGAUUAUAUCGACAACAAUUACACGUGCUCGGUGAAUCUCCAAGAGCUGAAAGGAGAAUACAAUUACACCUUCUCAGUGUCCCCGAAAAUUUUGUACGUCGAUGCGCCUGGACCAGUGACGAGUAGGCACGUACUGUAUCCUGCCGGCAUACCGUCGCAGCCAGAUACCCAAUACGUGCGAUCGAUCACUAUAAAUCCACUCAAGGCGAUCAAAAGCACUACGACGGCUACCAUCUUGCUGCCCUUGUUUCCCGACACGAAUGGUAACAUCAAGUACUACGCCAUCAUGGUCUCGGAACUAGGAUACAAUGAGCCGAUGAGCGCAAGGCUCGAUCUGAAAAACAACUCAUGGCCGAACGCGUCCUCCUGGCGGGAGGCCAUGUUGAACGACUUUUCCAUAACGUAUCAAGCGACAACCCCACUGUGGAAUCCUUAUCCGGACCACGUCAUUGAUUACGGGCACAAAUUCAAAGCGGUCAAGUUCACAAUCGGCACGGACAACUUCUGCAGCGAUAUCUCGUCUAACUCUGAGAAACAUCCACUCUACUGCAACGGACCCCUCAAGCCGGACACGUGGUACCACGUUAGAAUAAGGGCGUUCACCGAAGGUGGUUACGCCGAUUCCGCGCUGUUCGUCGCAAAGACCGACGCAGAGCUGAAUGUCGCAAUCGUCAUCGGGGUCGUCUUCGGCAUCCUUUUUCUGGGUAUACUGACGACGAUGAUGUUGCUCGUGCGAAAGUGCUCGCCGUACGUAGUGUUGCGAAGAUUUUUGCAUUCCGACAUGCCCGGUUCACCUGUACCCGCGCCGUUCACCAGGAAGAAAUUUAUAGCCCAUUGCCAACAAUUGGUCGACAAUCCUGGGAAACUCAGCAAUGAAUUUCGGCUGCUGCAGACCCUCAGUGUCGAUUUGCAGAUGCCGACGAACACCGCCUGCUUGCAGGCCAAUCGGAAGAAGAAUCGUUACUCCGAUAUUUUGCCCUAUGACUUCUCAAGAGUCAAGCUGGACGUGAUAGACAAUGAUCCUAAUACUGAUUACAUCAACGCAUCAUUUAUAAAAGGAUACACAGGAGAAGAUGAAUACAUAGCUUGCCAAGGGCCGAAAGAGGAAACCACUUAUGAUUUUUGGAGGAUGGUCGAUCAAUACAACAUCAACAUUAUAGUUAUGUUGACCCAGUUGGUCGAGAAAGGCAAAGAGAAAUGUCAUCAGUAUUAUCCGACGAUCAGGGAAACCUUUCGAUACGAGAACAUGACGAUACGUUGCACGAGUGAAUUAGAUUAUAGAACAUACACCCAAAGAACACUUGUACUACAAAAGGAGAAUAAAAAAAGAAGUAUCAUUCAAUUGCAUUUCAAAGACUGGCCCGAUCACGACGUUCCCGAGGACUUCGACCCGAUGAUCAAUUUUUGCCAGAUAAUGCGUCGCAAUAUUAGCACAAGUAAAGGUUUCGUCGUCGUUCAUUGCAGUGCAGGAAUUGGCAGGACAGGGACGUUAAUAUCAAUAGAUAUUCUUCUACAGCAUCUCAGAGAUAAUAAAAAAUUAGACGUUUUCGGGAUUGUGUAUAGAUUACGGUAUCAUAGAAUAAAUAUGGUGCAGAGAGAAAGCCAAUACGCUUAUAUAUAUAAUUGUAUCAAGCAAGUACUCAAGAAUCCUUAUUUCUUGAAAACUUAUAAGCCGCCCCCGGUUGAUCCAGUCUACGAAAAUAUCUCGAGGAAUGCCAGAGACACGGCGAAUACAGAUGCGAAUCUAGUCAACGGUCUUGAAAUGCUAAAAAGAUAUAAUAGGUCUGUAUCUACGGAGUCUCUGGAAACAAUCCAUAAUCUCUUUCCCUCGUCAAAUGCAGAACACCAAAAAAGCGCGAUAAAUAAUGGUUUGAGGAAAUACAAAUCAAUGGAUGCUAUAGAUGUAAACAUUCGUCACAACAUUAGAGGAAAAGCCCGAACUUUGGAAAACAUUAUUUGUAAAUCACUGGGAUUGAAGGAUUCAAUGUACAAACUAAGCAGUCAAAGUUUAGCACAAGAGAGUUUACCGUUGAUAACUUAUUCAAACGGCUUAGCUGAUGCAUUCGGCGACAGCUCGCAAUAUGCAACAGACAAUUUGUGAAAGAGACGAUUGGAUUAUACAAUUUCCACGUGUUAGAGAAUAGACAUAGAUCUAGAAAAUAUGUAAUUAUAUGUAAAUAUGAAUUCUUAUAGAAUCCAGGAACUCUUAGGAUAAGGAUCGAUAAGUUCAGUUUAAACACAUGCAUGUUUCUUUGUAUAAAUAAUCAAUUCUGCGCGAGCAUUCCCAUGUAUGAGCGUAUAUGACACUAGAGUGUAUUAUGUGAUAUUGAUAAGAAUAACACUUACAUCAGCGCUGUAUUUGUACACGUAAAUUAAAUAAGAUAUUGUGAAAUAUAUAAUAAGAAUCAUAUAUAUAUAUA